AUGACAGUGUUGAUCUUUAGACCUAGGGAAAGUUGGUUGAAGUCUGAGAAUGCAGAUGAGGUAGGUGGUUCUUCGGAGGAGGAUCUAAGCUGUGGAGAGGUGGAAGCAACUGAGAGUCAAGAAUCUUCCGGAGCCUGUCCAGGUGACCGGGAGCUGAAAGAAAUGCUACUGCACAAGUACAGUGGCUAUCUUAGCAGUUUGAGAAAGGAAUUCUUGAAGAAAAAGAAGAAAGGUAAGCUACCAAAGGAUGCAAGGCUGGUGUUGUUGGACUGGUGGAGCGAGCACUAUAGGUGGCCAUAUCCCACGGAAGAGGAAAAAACAAGACUAUCAGAGAUUACUGGAUUAGACCAGAAGCAAAUCAACAACUGGUUCAUAAAUCAAAGGAAGCGACAUUGGAAACCAUCAGAAGACAUGAGAUUUGCCCUCAUGGAAGGUAUCGGUGGAGGCAUUGAGGGACCUAUGUACUUUGACACUUCAGGGGGAACUGGAAGUAUCGAUGUCUAAAAUGACAAUGGGGGAUGUCCCGAGUAGGUAUUGUAUCUUCUGCGCUCUUACAUUUUGUAGAAUCUGCUGGUAUAUAAAGAUUUCUGUCAAAAUGAGAUUCUGUUGACACACAAGCUGUGGAAAAACAGCCUGCUUG